CGGUGUGGUCGCAUGUGAGUUUCGCGCGUGUCUCGCCUAGUCCAGCGCCGCGUACUCCGCACCGAUGGAACGUCCGUGGAGAUGAGCGCCGGGUGCGCCGCCUGUCCCGCCCCGCCUCUCUCCGUCUCGCUCGCACUCCCCGCGGCGCGCUCGCGUCCUCUCCCUCCCGCGCCAUGCCGCGCACGCACCGGCAUCGCCUUCUCUCAAUGCUGCACCUCUUACUUCUCACUGGCUCUCUUCCCUACGUUUUCGCGGAGCGCAGCAGCUCGCAACGCUCGCCCCCUUUAGAAGAAGCCGCGGAACUCCUCCGCGAUGCCCCUCUCUAUCCUCUCCUACGUGAAGAUGUUUCAACCAACGACAAUCCCGAACUGACAGAACAAUCUAAUAGUAUAUUAUACGAUACCGAGACGAGCAUCGAAGAGAGUAAUAUACGAGUAACUCCGGAAGAAUCCGAUUCGAAAUCUCAUAGCGAUGCAUCGGAAGAUGAUAACGACAUCAUUGCUACAGCAGAUAAUGAAGAUGAGAUACCUUUCCUUAGACCCGUAUAUCCUGAAGAGAAUUUGUCUAAAUCUUCCUACGUAAACAAUCAAAAUGACAACGAUAUUUUUGAUACAUCCAAAGAUAAUGAAGAAGAUACUGAGGAUAUAAGUUUUUUCACUUCAACGAAAUAUGACAAAGUCAACGAAAACGAAUUUAGAAUUAUAAGAGAAACAAAAGAAUAUCAAGAAGAAGAGAAUCUCAAUGAGGCUGAUAAAGUAGAUGUACCUGAUGAUGAUGAUGAUUUAUUAGCUAAGAAAAUUAUUGAGGAAAAUACGAAUUCUGAAAUCAAUUUGAUUACUUUAGGGAAAAAUAAGCACGACGAUCCAGGCAUAUUGAUAGCUCCAGACUUCAGCAUAAAUGCAAAAGAUUCCGUCUUAAUUACUUCUGAUGAGGCGACCGUGGAAGAUGAGGAGGUUGGUCAAAGCGGUCCUCAUGAUUUUUAUACAACAAUUCAAACCGUAACAGACAACACUGGCAAUUCCAACACUCAAGAUACAAAAACGAACCAAGAAAGAAUUAAACGGAGUCAAGAUUUUGAUAAAUCGACAAAGACGUCCCGACGUGUGAAGACUGGCGACACCAUCCUGAACAUCCGCGGCGCCGUGCGGGACGCCAUCGGGGACGCCGGGGCGGCUCCGGGUCCGCGCGCCUCCACGCGCCUGGACGCAUUCGUCAUCCGGCCCGCGCCCGCGCCGCGCCAGCCGCUGCAGGACGAGCCGCAACCCGACGCCGACGAGCCGGCGCCGAAGCCCAAGCACGAGCGCGAGCUGCUGGUGGCGGCGCACUCGUACGUGCGCAUCCCCUGCGACCUCGUCAACGUCACCAACCUACGCUGGUACAAGGACAACGAGGCGGCGCUGCUGUCGACGGCGCUGCCGGGGGCGGAGGGUGCGGGCGCGGGGGGUGACGGCUCGCUGCAGAUCCCGCGCGCCACGCAGGCGCACACCGCACGUUGGCGCUGUGCCGGCCAGGACAGCAAGGGCCGCGCGCGCGCCGGCCGACCCACCAGACUACUUGUAUAUGAGGCGGUGCGGUCGGUGUACCUGGCGGUGGACGGGCGGCGGCUGGACGCCGGCAACACGUGGGUACCGGUACGCGACACCGCCGUGCUCGAGGUGCAGUGCUUCGCCGAGGGUGGCGUGCCCGCCCCGGAGCUGUCGUGGCAGCUGCUGGCGCAGGAGCCGGCGCUAGACCACCGGCCCUACCUGCGCGUCUACCACACCAACCACUCCGUAGAGGGCGUGCGCUGGUCGCGCACGGUGGUGACGGCGGCGCGCGAGCUGCACAACGCCACGCUGCGGUGUUCGGCCGCGCAGCGCCACCCCCCGCCCGCCGCGCCGCCUCCCCCCGGCGCGCCCCCCGACCUCCCCGCCGACCUCCCCGCGCAGGACGACCUCAGCGCGCAGCUGCAGAUACAUGUCACAUACCCGCCGUCUUUCGUGAUCUCUCGUUGGCCGGGGUUCGGUGCGCGGCUGGUGGCGGGCGGCGCGGCGGCUUUGCGCUGCGACGUCGACUCCAACCCUCCCGCGCGCGCGCACUGGAUGCGCGACGAUGACACCACGUCUAGCUCGCCGACGCCGCUGGAGGGCGGGGGCGAGGCGCGGGGUGCGGCCACUCUGCGCUGGCCCACGCUGUCGGAGGCGCACGCCGGCUGGUACCGCUGCCGCGCCUCCUGGCUCGACACCGAUUAUUCCUCCAUCGGCUACUACCUCAACGUGCUCGGUAUGUACCUAGCUUACUGUCCAUCAGACGAGCCGGAGCAGGCGCAGGCGCGGGCGGGGGCGGAGGCGAGGGCCGGGGAGGAGCCGGAGCGGCAGAAGGUGGAGGUGCCGCUCGGGGGCAACGUACAGCUGCACUGUCCCAAGGGCAGCGUGGGCUGCUGGUGGCGGCGCGUGGUGGGCAACUCCAGCGAGAGCUGGGCGCCCGCCGGCUCGCACCACGCGCACGGCGUGCUCGGUAUCCGCGGCGCGCUGUACCAGGAGGCGGGCGAGUACCGCUGCGUGGGCGCGCGCGGCGCAGACCUGCAGCGCCUGCGGGACCUCAAGCGCGUCACGCUGCGGGUCACCGGGGGCGCCACCGCGACGGCGGUGAGCACUACGGCGACGCCGGGCGGGUGGCGGCUGGAGUGCGCGGCGUGCGGGCGCGGAGUGCGCGUGCUGUGGCUGCGCGCCUCCCCCUCCCCCAGCGCCGCCCCCGCGCACCUCGCGCCUCACCCCGCGCCGCACCCCGCGCCGCCCUGCUACCGCGCCGUGCUGCUGCUGCCCGAGCCCGACGAGGUGUGGUGUGUGGCGGCGACGAGUGACGGCGGGGCGGUGGCCGUGUUCCCGCGGCGCGGCUCCCCCGCUCCCGCGCGCCACGCGCAGCCGGGCCGCGCGCACCACUCCGCCGCACUGCGCGCCCGCCCCCAUCUCUCACUGCUGCCGCUCGCGCUCCUGCCGCUCCUGCCGCUCCUACCGCUCCUGCCGCUCCUGCCGCCCUUCGCGGGCGCCCCGUAA